AUGGAUGAGACGUUCUGGGAGCGCAUCCCUCUCCUCGUCCGAGUCUUCACAGCCGGUUCGGCCUUCGCCCUCUGCUGCGCCGGCGUCAUCAACGUGGCGUUGCCAGUUUGCUACACCACGUGCAUUCUCGGCUUGGCCCUCAUCGGCUUCGGGAUUGUCGCACUCCUCUGCGAGUUCUCGCCGUACGGCCUGAACGUACUAAUGGGCGUCUGCCCGCUGCUCGGCGAGUACUUCUUCCGAGGCGUCAUCUACCUACUGGUCGGCCUGCUUCCGCUAGGCAAGGAGAUGUCGUGGUUCGGGCGCCUCGCCGGCAGCCUCAUGAUCCUCAGCGGAGCCGCAAACAUCGCAGUUCACAUCGCGCUGCCCGCGGCCGUCUACUAUGGCCCAGCAAAUGGCGGCGAGCGUCCUGGGCAUCCCGACGACGAGGAGCAACCGCCGUACGCAGCCGACGAGUGCCCAUCUGCCCCGAGCCACUACGACGGACUCCACUGA